CUCGUCUCUCCAUCACCUCCUCCCUUCGCCUUCCAACACUUUCAUUCACAUCUCUUACAAUCCCUUCUAAUAAAAUAGAUGGCGUCCCAGACCAUCGAGAGCUUCCGUGAGGGAGCCGAGGUCCACCGUGGUGACGACCUCUGCAAGAAGAAGUCCAUCGAACUCCUUGAAGAGCUUGGCCUCCCCAAGGGCUUGUUACCCCUCGAGAAUGUUGAGGAGUUUGGCUACAACCGUGCAGCUGGAUUCAUGUGGCUGGUCCAGAAGAAGAAAAAGGAGCACACGUUCAAGAAGAUCAAGCAGACGGUGUCAUAUGCCACCGAGGUGACAGCCUUCGUGGAGCAGCGCAAGAUGAAGAAGAUAACUGGGGUGAAGACGAAGGAGCUGCUAUUGUGGCUCUCUGUUGUCGAGGUUUACAUCGAUGACACCUCCUCUGAGAAGAUCACUUUCAAGACCGGCACCGGACUCUCUGACAGCUUCCCGGUCUCUGCCUUCGAGCUUGAAUAGUGUACGAGAGACAAGUUGGUGGAGGGACUGGAGCUUGUUCCAAUUCUUCUUGGAAGUGGAAAUGGGAAUUAAGACUUCUCUCUUGCUCUCUGUUGAGGACAUUACUAAGACUUCAGUAUCUGACCUAUUUUUCACUUUAUAAUUGCUGCUGUAUGAAAUAAAAAUUCAUUCAAUGAUGGUCUUAUUGCUAUAUAUGUCUUCAGACAAUCAUAUCAUUCAUUCAAAUGAUCUGAUUUUGCAGUA